AUGGAGGAGCCUGAAAUUGUGGUGCCUGAAUCUGGUGCUAUAUUUACCUUCGGAAAAAGCAAAUUUGCUGAAAAUAUUCCUAGCAAAUUCUGGUUUCGAAAUGACGUACCUGUAUAUAUUUCAUGUGGAGAUGAGCAUACUGCUGUUAUAACAGGGAAUAAUAAACUUUACAUGUUUGGCAGUAACAAUUGGGGCCAGUUGGGAUUAGGAUCAAAGUCCACGAUCUACAAACCAACCUGUGUCAAAGCCUUAAAACCUGAAAAAGUGAAGCUUGCUGCCUGUGGAAGGAACCACACUCUGGUUUCAACAGAAGGAGGCCAUGUAUAUGCAGCUGGAGGAAAUAAUGAAGGACAGUUGGGUCUUGGUGAUAUUGAAGAGAGAAACUCUUUUCAUCUCAUUAGCUUUUUUACAUCCCAGCAUAAGAUCAAACAGCUAUCUGCUGGAUCUAACACUUCGGCUGCAUUAACUGAGGAUGGAGAACUUUUUAUGUGGGGUGACAAUUCUGAAGGGCAAAUUGGUUUAAACAAAAUGGCUAAUGUGUGUGUCCCUCAUCAAGUGACAGUUGGGAAACCCAUCUCCUGGAUCUCUUGUGGCUAUUACCACUCAGCCUUUGUAACAAUGGAGGGUAAACUUUACACAUUUGGAGAACCUGAGUUCGGGAAGUUAGGUCUUCCCAGUGAACAGCUGGCCAAUCACAGGACCCCUCAACUGGUAGUUGGAAUUUCCGAAAAAGUGAUCCAAGUAGCUUGUGGUGGAGAGCACACUGUGGUUCUCACAGAGAAAGCCGUGUACACCUUUGGGCUGGGACAGUUUGGCCAACUGGGUCUUGGCACUUAUAUUUUUGAAGCAUCAGAACCGACUGUCAUUGAGCCUGUUAAGGAUCUGAAAAUACGUUAUGUUUCAUGUGGAGAAAACCAUGCAGCACUGGUAACAGAAACAGGCCAUAUCUAUACUUUUGGAGAUGGUCGACAUGGGAAACUGGGGCUUGGACAUGAGAAUUUUACCAAUCAUUUCAUUCCUACUUUGUGCUCUAAUUUUUUGAAGUUUAAAAUUCAAUUGGUUUCUUGUGGUGGAUGCCACAUGCUUAUUUUUGCCAUUCCACAACCUGGCAUGUCAGAAGAAAUUGACACUGAUGAAAUGAACGAUUCUUACUUAACUCUAAGGACUGGUCUACCCACGAGAAAGUUGGCCUCCGGAUGUACACUGCAUAGAAUGUUAUCAGCCCGAGUUAGGAGAAGAGAGAGGGGCAAAUCUCCAGACAGUCAGAUGUCCACACUGACUCCAGUCGAAGAAAAUUCAGAAGCAUGUCAUUCUUUUUCUCAUCGUUCAAUCCCUUUCCAAUUGUCUUCAAGUAACCUGCUGGGGAGACCUGUUUCUGGAAUGGCUUGUUCCAUCGGACUCGAUUACCAAUAUACAGUUACCCAAGAAAAAAACAUAGACAGUGCUUCAUUAACGGAUUCAGAAACGCUUGGCGACACUACAGAUAUCUUAAAUGUGACACAUGUGAUGAGUCUGAGUUCCAUAAACAAGUCUUUGAAAUUGUCACCACUUCAAAAACAAAAGAAACAAGAAACAGUUGAGAGACUCAAGAAACAUGCAGCUCAUACUGGAAAUGAUGGUAGAAAUGAAUCUGAAUCUGAAGAGAUUUUCCAACAAAUGAAAGAAGGGAAAGCAUAUAAACAAUGUUUGCCACAACAGAUAUUAGUGAUGCCAUGCACAAUGAAUAUAGAUGAGGACUUAGACACUGGUUCAGGCCAAUCUGGACCUCAGGCCAACACUGGUGAAGAGAGUUUGUUUAAAGAGAGAUUUAGAUAUGGAAGGAAACCUCAUCCUUUUUGUGAAGAUGAUGGUAAGGAAAAUGAUUCAGAAGAAACAGCCUCUAAGAAGGAAAAUGAGCUGACAGAAACAAUAGAGCUGCAGGACUUAAAACAAAUUGAGAAUACAAAUAAUACUUGUACAUUUUUGGAGUCCUUAGGAAACUCAAACCUGAAUUUUGAGGAUGAAAAAGGUAAAAGACGCAAGCAAUGUGUAGUGAUUGACAGUGAAGGAGAAUCUUCCGAGGGGGACAGUCAGCAGGGUGGUGAGCUCUUCCAAUCCACAGAAUUCAGUAAUGGAGAGGAAGAGGAUUUUGAAUUGAAGAAUGACUCACAGUUGUGGUGUAGCAGAAAAUUUAUUGAACAAGAAAAUGAGAGAGAGGCAGAAAACAAAGCUUCAACAUUGGUGAGAAAAUUAAGUGUUCAAUGUAAACGCUCGUCAAAGAUCUCCAAAGAACAAGGAGUUGAUGAUUCCGACGGCAGUACACUGGAGGAGGAAGACAUAGAGGCACACAAGGAAGAUAAGAUACGUGGAAAAAGACAGGCUGAAGCAGAUAUGUCAGGUGAUGGAGAUGAGGUGAGUGAAGGCAAGGGAAAACCAGGUGAUGAGGCAGGAAAGGUGGCUAAUAGUGAAGGAGAUGGAAGCUGUAAAAGAGGUAAUUCCACAGCAGAACAAGUGCUGAGUGAGGAAAGGGCAGAGGAGGAAGACAAGGGAGUAAUAGUUAGAGAAAUAAAGAGCCUGAGUCAAAGAACAAAGGACCUAGAAAACAAGACAGAAUGGGAAAAAAUGGGGAGUAAAGGAGGCCAUCUAGAGAAAGGAGAAUGGGAUGAAGAAGGAGAUGGGGAAGGGGAGGAGGAAGAACAAGGAGAAGAGGAGUCUGAGGGGGAAGGAGAGGAGGAAGAGGAGGGAGAGGAGAGCAAUGAAUGGAAAGAGGGGGAAGAGGAGGAAGCAGAAGGGGGAAAAGAGGAAAGAAAGGAGGAGGAAGAAAGUGAAAGAGACUGGGAAAGGUGGAAAGGAGGCGAAGAGGAGGAAAAAGAGAACAGGGAGGAAGAGGGGAAAUACCAGGACACAGGUGAUGAAGAGAAGGAAGGGCAGGAAGGGCAGGGUGAAGGAGAAGCAAAAAAGGACGAAUCAUCAGAAGAAUCUGAAUCAGAAGAAAAAGAUGAGGAAAUAGAUAAUGAAAAUCUGGAAAAUGAAAAGAAAACUCUGGAAGACGAUGACAUUGUUUCUGCAGAUACAGAGAAACCAUCAGAUGGCAACAAUGAAACAGAAGAAAUAGAAAAAACCACUGAUGACUCAAAGAAAAUCUGUGCAAAGGAAGAAAAAUCCAAUGGAGAGGAGCGCUCUAUUUGUGAAUACAAUGAAAACCCCAAAGGAAAUAUGAAGUUUCGUCCAGAAAACUAUUUUUGGGAAAUGAAAGAAGCAAAUGGAUCAAUGUGCGACGAUUCAAAAGUAACAAAGAGGUACCUAAUGGAAAAGUAUGCUUCAGAAAAUAUACAUUUCCGUAAUCAAAUAAAAGACAAAAAUGAUGAGACUUCUCCCACAAAUAGUUACAACCUCAGAAACUCUCAUUCUCUCUUUAAGAGGAUGUCAUUGACCAGUCAUAAAAAUAAUCACAAGCCACUUCCAGAAACAGGAGAUCAACUAACCUUUAAAGGAACCAAGAAAGAAACUAACCAGAACCAGAUGAAGCAGCAUCUGAAGAGUGCUUCAGCAGUAAAUGGUGACAGAAGAUCAAAAUCUUGCUCAAUACUAUAA